UUGCCCACCGCGCCUGCGCAUUGGGCGGCUCGCCUCCUCCGUUAGAGAGCAGCGCGCUGAGGGGAGACGGGGAGAAGAAGAAAGGCCAGUGGAGGCGGUUGCAACGACGGAGACGGCCGGCAGGCUAAGGACCCUUCCGAGGCAUCCCUCCGCGGCCUUCCGCUCGCGUGUGCCGGGGAGUCGGUUUUCCGAGGUGCCCGCCAGCGGGGCUCCCUUCAUGGCCGACGGCGGGAAAGGCGGAUACAACGAACAUGACGACCGCGUGGGCUCCAGCGACAGGAACUAUCCACGGAGGAGAAAGGGCCGUGUCCCCUUCCGGGGGAAAAUGUACAGCGAGAUGGGCCAUCACCAGCGCGGUUGGAACAGUUCCGGCUCCGGGUCUCGUGGCUGGCCAGACGAAGAAGACGGGGACGUUCUCAUGAGCGAUGCUCAUGAAGUGCUCCGAACACGCUACACUCCUUACGGGUCACGUCCGCAUCGACCAGACCGAGGGAGCUCGAACCUUAUGAACGCCACUGUGAGACGGAAUCUGAAUAUCGGGGACCGUGCUCCUGCUCCUGCUCAUAAAGGAGGGCUUGUAAGCAAGAAGACUUGGUUCAGAAUUACGAUUCCUUUCGGAAGAAAAUACGAAAAGAGCUGGCUGCUGAACGCCAUACGGGAAACCUGCACCGUCCCCUUCAACCCCAUAGAGUACCACUGCGUGAAUAAUCGGGUGGUGUUCUACGUAGAAGACACUUCCGUGGCCAACGCCCUUAAGCAGACCUCUCGUAAAAUUUCUUCUCCGGAUGGAUACAAGGUGGCGAUACUUAUAAACACGUGCAACCCACCCACCACCGUCCAGCAAGAACUGAAACCAGAAGAGAUUGAGCAGCUGAAGCAAUGUAUGAGUAAAAGGUACGAUAGCGCCAAUCAAGCUUUGAAUAUGAAAAAUAUCCACACAGAUCCCGAUCUGAUAUCCCAGAAUAUCGACAUUGUGUUGAACCGCCGAAACUGCAUGUUAGCCGUGCUGCAGAUCAUCAGCGACAACAUCCCCGAGCUCCUCUCCCUCAACCUCAGCGACAACAAGCUGUAUCGUCUCUACGACAUGUCCGAUUUACAAGAAAAAGCCCCCAACCUGAAGAUCCUCAAUUUGUCUUGUAACCAGCUGAAGACCGAAUACGAGCUGGACAAGCUGAAAGGCUUGAAGCUGGAGGAGCUCUGGCUGGACGGCAACCCCAUGUGUGACAGCUUCCAGGACCGCUCUGCUUACAUCAGCGCCAUCCGAGAACGGUUCCCCAAGCUGCUGCGACUGGACGGUCACGAGCUGCCUGCGCCGAUCUCGUUUGACGUUGAAACGCCUACCACUUUGCCUCCAUGCAAGGGCAGUUAUUUUGCCUCCGAAGGCUUGAAAAUGCUAAUUGUCCGCUUUUUACAACAAUAUUACGCCAUCUACGACUCGGGAGACCGACAAGGCCUGCUGGAUGCCUAUCACGAGGGGGCGUGCUGUUCGCUAAGCAUCCCGUUUUCCACGAAUCACCCUUACAGGAACUCUUUGGCUGAAUACUUCAAAAACAGCCGGAAUGUGAAGCGGCUGAAGGAUCCUUCCCUACGCUUCCGUCUCCUCAAACACACCAAGUUGAACGUCGUGGCUUUCCUCAGCGAGUUGCCCAAGACUCAGCACGACGUGAAUUCCUUCGUGGUGGACGUCUGCGCGCAAACGAAUACGCUGUUGUGUUUUACCCUGAGCGGAAUCUUUAAGGAAGUCGACAGCCGUUCUCGGGAUACAGUGCGAGCCUUCACCCGGAUCUUCAUUGCCGUCCCUGUGGGCCACAGCGGGCUGAGCAUCGUGAACGACCAGAUCUUCAUCCGCAAAGCCAACAACAUGGAAAUCCGCAAAGCCUUCGUCAUGCCGGCCCCCACCCCGUCCUCCAGCCCCGUGCCCACCCCUUCCACCGAGUCCAUGCCCCCCUCGUGCCCCGGGCUCACCCUGACGGUUGAGCAGCAGGAGAUGUUGCAGAAUUUCUCCCUGCAGUCGGGCAUGAACCUGGAGUGGUCUCAGAAGUGCCUCAUGGACAAUGAUUGGAACUACGCAAAAGCAGCUCACGCCUUCACCCUGCUGAAGGCUGAACAGAAGAUCCCCGAAGUGGCGUUUAUCCACUGAGUGGAACGACCAAAGCCGAUCGGAGCAGCGCUGUUGUUGUUGUUGAGACCUCUGGUUUUUUGUAAAUACAAGUUUCUCCGUGGUAAAUUCAAAGAGACUCCAGCCCUGCUCCUCCCUUUUGGUUACGCAGUGCCUCUUAGAAAACCUUUUGCCGCUGGGGUGGAGGUAGAAAAACCCCGAGUUGUGCCGUAGUCGAAGAUGCAGCGCCGUCGCCAGUGGGAAGAGACGCUAAGAGAGGGAAGCUGGCGGCUAAGUAGACAAAUUCAGAAGCCGGAGACAAGCAUACAAAGAAAGAAACCUUUCCUCCAUCCCUUUCCAUUUGAAAACAUGAACUUUUUAAUGAAUUAUUUUCAGCAAAUUCUUAAAAUCUUUUUUUCCCCUCAAACCCUCUCGAAAGCUACGUUUUGUACGGGCCGCGACGGACGGGCCAGCAGUUUGAAACACAAAGAUGAUGCCGCGAGAACUCUUUAAACUUUCAAGCUGGGAAAGAGAGCGCUUCCCAAAACCCUGUUAUUUUGGGGGGGGGGGAGUUUUCCCAGGCGUUACGUUUCCUCGUUCCUGGGUGCACUGUAAAUCGUAGUGCCUGGUUCUACUUUGAGGUGUUCCGUGUUGUUUUCCUUUUAAGAGAGAAAAGGCUUGGAGGCCGUUCGGUCCAGCAAAGCUCUAAUUUUCCUUCCAGUCCUUGGAAACACUCUUGCCUAGUAAAGUUAUUAUUAAAAUCUUG